CACUCUUUUUUUAAACCCACAACUUUAGUUUAAAACAUAUCACAUGAACUGCUUGUGAUAACCAUAUGCAACAACAUAUAUGAAUUCACACAUUGGUCAAACACCUUUGAAGUUUCAACAUGGGUAAGAAAAGGUUCCAGCUUUACUAACAAACGCAAUUUGUAAGAAAAAGAAAUGACAGAAAAAGGCAAACUCCAACAUCCUGGUUUGGUUCUACCUUACUAUGUCUAAUAACAACAAACAAACACGUAGAAUCCAAGUUACAGGAUGAUGUUAGUUUUUUCAGCAUUGGAGAAUGCAUUCCAUAAGUGAAAUAGUUCAAAUUCGCUGCCCUUUCGACACGUUUCCUCUUUCUUCCUGGACUCUCUAUGUCAGCCAUGGAAACGUAGCAUUCAUUUCUUUCAAAGACAAGAGGGAUUUGAUUGCAGAGAAGGGGGAAGAGAGGCGAGAAGAGAAGGAGGGUACCCACCCACCACAGGGAAGGUCUCUGAGAUCGACGGAGUUUCCAGAGAAACCUCUGCAAUUGAAGAAAAUGAAAACUAUGCCUAUCUAAAAGCCCAUUUAUCAUAUGGGACGCCCAAAGCCCAAUAAGCGUUUGUCCCUGACUUUCCCGAUCAUCUUCACCACUCAGGCCAGUCUCGUUUCCGAUCAAUAAUUUAGUACCAGUUUCAAAAAUUGAGCUCUUGAGUCUUCUUUUCUGCAUUUCGGAGGACUUCUCAAGGCUUCUCGUGAACAGAAAUGAUCAGUUUCGUUUCUUGCCACCGUGUAAUUGGCCGGAAACUUGGGCCUUCCUUUUGCUUUGUUUACACGAAUUUCUGAUAACCUAAGGAUUUGUGAUUUGUAGACUGUUGCAGUGAGCGUUCUGAUAUCAAAUUUUUUUCCGAUAAAUUCUUCAUAGCAGUUUCUUGGCACGAGCCGUUGCUGAGAGCAAGGUUCAUAUAGUGUAUUUGGGCUAGAGACAGCAUGAUGAUCUUGAGUUUGUCACGGAGUCUCAUCAUCAGAUGUUGUUGUCACUUCUUGGAAGUAAAGAGGAUGCUCAUGAUUCAAUGGUGUACAGUUACCGACAUGGCUUCUCAGGUUUUGCAGCCAAGCUUACCAUGUCUCAAGCCAAGAAACUAGCAGAGUUAUCUCAAGUUGUUCAUGUCAUACCGGAUAGUUUCUACAAGCUGAAAACAACUCGGACUUGGGAAUACUUAGGCCUUUCUGCCGCCAACCUAAAGAACCUUCUAAAUGAAACUAAUAUGGGUGAAGAAGCGAUCAUCGGCAUUAUCGACACAGGAGUAUGGCCUGAAUCUGAAGUAUUUAACGACAAAGGGAUUGGUCCUGUGCCGAGUCACUGGAAAGGAGGAUGUGAAUCAGGAGAGAAUUUCAGCUCUUCUCACUGCAACAAAAAACUCAUAGGAGCAAAGUACUCCAUCAAUGGUUUUCUCGCGGAAAACAAAAAGUUCAACACCACAGGAUCACUUAACUUCAUUUCCCCUAGAGAUUUUAAUGGUCAUGGCACGCACGUUGCCACCAUAGCAGGCGGUUCGUACGUGGCCAACAUAAGCUACAAGGGCCUAGCUGGAGGGACUGUGAGAGGCUCUGUGGUUCCUCUCGAUGGCGAAACUGAUAUUCACGAUGAAAUAACCGCCGGAGCAUUUCAUGCAGACUAUGCAGUCUUGAAAGGUAUCACAGUUGUUUGUGCUGGUGUUAACUCAGGCCCAGUGGCUCAGACCGUGACAAACACGGCUCCUUAGAUCGUGACUGUGGCUGCAACCACUCUAGACCGGUCCUUUGCCACGCCUAUUACACUUGGGAACAGCAAAAUGAUACUGGGUCAAGCAAUGUACACAGGUCCUGAACUUGGUUUACCCAGGGAAUCCAGGGAACAGCAACGAGAGUUAUUCAGGCCGGAUAUAGCAGCACCAGGAGUGAGCAUAUUGGCGGCUACAAGCACCGCCAAUUCCACUUUGAACGACCGAGGGUUCAUUAUGCUGUCAGGAACAUCAAUGGCGGCUCCUGUAAUAUCAGGAGUUGUUGCACUUCUUAAGGCCAGACACCGUGAUUGGUCUCCUGCUGCAAUUAGAUCUGCCAUUGUCACUACAGCUUGGAGAACAGAUCCGUUUGGAGAGCAGAUAUUUGCACAAGGGUCACCUCGGAAGCUAGCUGAUCCGUUCGACUAUGGUGGAGGCCUUGUGAAUCCAGAGAAAGCUGCAAAGCCGGGUCUUGUCUAUGACUUGGGUCUCGAAGACUAUGUUGGAUACAUGUGCUCUGUUGGUUACAACGAGUCAUCAAUCUCUCAGCUUGUCGGUAAAGGAACAGUCUGUUCGAAACCGAGACCAUCUGUUCUUGAUUUCAACAUGCCUUCCAUCACAAUCCCAAACCUAAAAGAAGAAGUCACUCUCACAAGAACACUCACUAAUGUUGGACCAGUUGAGUCGGUCUAUAAAGCAGCGUUUGAGCCACCGUUGGGCUUUCAAGUGACGGUGACGCCGGAGAGGUUAGUGUUUAACUCCGAGACCAAAAGGCUCUCUUAUCAAGUCAGAGUCUCGACCACACACAAGAUCAACACUGGUUUUUAUUUCGGAAGCUUGACUUGGAGUGACUCUGUGCAUCAUGUCACCAUUCCUUUGUCUGUGAGAACGCAAAUUCUGCAGAAUUACUAUGAUGAGAACUGAAGAAACAAAAAAAAAGUUUUAACUUUUGAGUUUUUAAUUUCUUCUUUUUAAGUUCUCCUAUUUAUUAAAGGAGAUAAAAUUACGCAAGGGGAUCAAAGUAAUGUUAUUUUAAUUUUAAAUCAGAUUUCAAUUUAUU